UCCGUUGUAUUCCACGCAAAAUAUCGCAAGCAGCUUAUCCGCCUUUUCUUUGCAGCUCUUUCUCUGCCUCUUUCAUGUCGCCUUUUGCUUCUUUUUGUGAGCAGAACCCCGAACAUCUUCAAAGUUAUUAGUAGAGAAUGGCUCUCUCCUCGUCCACGGCCAAGAUAUCGGAGCUCCCAUUCCAUCGCUCCCUCCCGUGGAGCUCCCGUCCCUCCCUCUCCUUUCUCGGCUUCCGCUUCCGCCUCCUCUUCUCUGUCUCCGCCUCUGCCUCUGGCUCCCUUCGCGUCGCCGAGAGCGGAGGCGAUUCCAACUCCCGGCGGGCCCCGCGGCGGUACCCCUGGGAUGACGCCGCUGCCGCAGCCGACCACGAGGACGGCAAGCGAAACCCUACAACCUCUUCCACCCCCACCCGUUCCCGGCCCCUCUCUGCUCCAUGGCUCCAGCAGUGGGCGCCUCUCGACUCUCUUCCACCUACUCCGUCCCCCAAAAGCGCCUCCGUAGACCGUCCAGCGGAUGGCAGCCCCCAACCGGGUCCGGGUGGUGCGGGUGGCUCCAUCGAGAGGAUCGUGCACCGGCUUCGAAUCCUAGGACUAGGCCACGGCCUCGACGAGAAUGAGGACGUCCUGGCGGCGGAGGAAAUCCCGUUGGACGGGAACGAGCGCUUGGGCGACUUGCUGGAGCGGACAUGGAGCCGGCCCGAUCAGCUGCCCUCUGAUUUUGACGGGACUUUGCUGCCGUGGGAAAGGGAACACAAAGUCCAGGAAGGCCAAGACGGCUCAGCGGAGGAUGGGGUCAAGAGGAAGAGGGUGAAGGCACCGACCCUUGCGGAGCUAACGAUUGAGGAUUCAGAGCUGAGGCGGCUGAGGCGUUUAGGGAUGACACUACGGGAGAGGAUUACGGUGCCCAAGGCUGGGGUAACGCAGGCCAUUGCUGAGAAGAUUCACGAUGCAUGGAGGAAGUCGGAAUUGGUGCGCCUUAAGUUUCACGAAUCACUGGCCCAUGACAUGAAGACGGCUCAUGAACUCGUUGAGCGCCGAACUGGAGGAUUGGUUGUGUGGAGAUCAGGAAGUGUUAUGGUAGUCUAUCGAGGGAAUAAUUAUAAAAGACCUUCAAAAUCUCAAUCUGUAUCCUUGAAAUCUGCUUCCACAAAAUUAUCCUAUGAAGAUGAUUCACUAUUCAUUCCAGAUACCUCAGCUACUGCAAAAUUGAAGGAGAAUGACAAUCAGGUGGCAUCCCUCACUUUGGAACAGGUCAAGCUAUCUCAGUUGAGCCUUGAAUGUGCUGAUAGCGUUACAGAGGAGGAACGAGAAUAUAAUCAGUUACUCGAUGAGCUAGGUCCUCGUUUUCUUGAUUGGUGGGGCACUAGUGUUUUACCUGUGGAUGCUGACUUGCUGCCUGAAGAAAUUUCGGGCUAUAAAACACCAUUUAGAUUGCUCCCUAAUGGAAUGCGAUCACGACUUACGAAUUCAGAGAUGACCAAUUUACGGAAGCUUGCCAGGACUCUUCCUUGUCAUUUUGCACUUGGGAGAAAUAGACAUCAUCAAGGUUUGGCUGCUGCUAUUCUUAAGCUUUGGGAGAAGAGCUUAGUAGUAAAAAUAGCAGUCAAAAGGGGAAUUCAAAAUACUAAUAACAAGCUAAUGGCUGAGGAAUUAAAGAAACUCACAGGAGGAGUAUUGCUUCUCCGAAACAAAUUUUACAUUGUUAUGUACCGUGGGAAGGACUUUCUCCCGACUUCUGUGGCUACUGCUUUGGCUGAAAGGCAGGAAUUGACAGAGGAUACUCAAACUGUAGAAGAGAGGAUAAGAAACAAUCUUAUAGGGGAGUCUUCUGUAGACAAAUUUAAUGGACAUGCUCUUGCUGGCACUUUAGCUGAAUUUGAGCAGGCUCAGGCUCGUUGGGGGAAAAAAAUAACUUUCGAGGUGCAAGAGAAGCUGAAGGAAGAAGCUUCUAGAUCUGACAAAGCCAGACUCUUCAAGAGGAUAGAACAUAAACUUUCAAUUGCCCAAGCAAAGAAAUUGAGAGCUGAGAGAUUGCUAGCUAAAAUUGAAGCAUCCAUGGUUCCAGUAAAUCCAUCUGAUGACCGCGAAAUGAUAACUGAUGAAGAACAGUCUGUGUAUCGGAGGAUUGGUUUGCGAAUGAAGUCAUAUUUGCCUCUUGGUAUUCGUGGUGUUUUUGAUGGUGUAAUUGAAAAUAUGCAUUUGCAUUGGAAACAUAGAGAACUAGUGAAACUAAUAUCAAAACAGAAGACUCUUUCUUUUGUUGAGGACACAGCACGACUGCUGGAGUACGAGAGUGGUGGGAUUCUAGUCGCAAUUGAAAGAGUUCCGAAAGGAUUUGCACUUAUUUAUUACCGUGGAAAAAACUAUCAGAGGCCCAUCAACCUGAGGCCUAGAAAUCUUUUAACAAAGGCUAAGGCAUUAAAGCGUGCAGUUGCAAUGCAGCGCCACGAGGCCCUCAGCCAACACAUAACCGAGCUGGAGAGCACCAUAAAACAGAUGAAAUUUGAGUUGCGUAUCUCAGAAGAUGAUGAAGGAGACACAGAUUAUUCAAGAGAAAAUGAAUCUUGUGUCACUUUCAGCAACAAUCAGAUUGCAGAUGAAGAGGCCUUUACUGAAUCCAGUGAUGAUGAAUAUGGUGAUAUUGCUAAUUAUGAUUGUAGCACUGACAAAAAAUCCGAGGUGUAAUCAAAACUGCUCUACCUACCUAAUUGUAUAUCUGGACAAGACAAAAAGACUUACUGUACAAUCUCUUGUUAAAGAAAUUUAUUAUUUACCUUGUGUUUUUCCUUCUA